AUGUCUUUGAUCCCCAAACCCUCCCAUGAGGGAGCCAAUCUCUCCGCUACCCCGCCUCAAGUCGAGUCCGAGGAUGUCGGCGCCGAGGCCAGUGCUAGCAAGCUGACGCCCCAGUCUGCUUCUUCCGUUCUGCCCGCCCGAAGAACCAGGCAAUCCGAUAAGUCUCCAGAGCCUGUCGUAGCCAACCAGACUCCCAUCACCAUCAUCCUCUUAGAUCAGCAGAGCCAAAUCGGACAGGAGCACCUGCCCGAGUCCCUCCCCGAGUCCCAAGAUUUCGCCACCCCCAUCAGCGUCCUCCUCACUCCCAGCGCCAACGAGGCCGGCGCCUAUGACGAGGACGACAGUGAAGAUAACGAGGCCGGCGCCUAUGACGAGGACGACAGUGAAGAUAACGAGGCCGGUGCCUAUGACGAGGACGACAGUGAAGAUGACGAGGACGACAGUGGAACUGACGAGGACGACAGUGGAACUGACGAGGACGACAGUGGAACUGACGAGGACGACAGUGGAACUGACGAGGACGACAGUGGAACUGACGAGGACGACAGUGGAACUGACGAGGACGACAGUGGAACUGACGAGGACGACAGUGGAACUGACGAGGACGACAGUGGAACUGACGAGGACGACAGUGGAACUGACGAGGACGACAGUGGAACUGACGAGGACGACAGUGGAACUGACGAGGACGACAGUGGAACUGACGAGGACGACAGUGGAACUGACGAGGACGGCGAUGAAACUGACGAGGACGGCGAUGAAACUGACGAGGACGGCGAUGAAACUGAGUACGUCGACAGUGAUGAUGAAGAUGUAGACGCCAUGCAUUUUGACUCUCCCUUAAAGCGUGAUCAAUAUAUAUCCAGGAAGGCGGAAUUUAAGGCGGGCAGGAAGGCGGCCAUGAUUAGGACCGGAAGAGCGAUCAGGAAGUUGAGGAGGAAGUAUAAGAGGAGGGCGGCCAGGAAGGCGGCCAGGAAGGCGACCAGGGAGGCGAGCAGGAAGGCUUCUGAAGGUGGAAAGAAAUAUGGUAAAGCCGAGGAUACUGAGGCUGUCGAGGACGACGGUGGAGAUGACGAUAGUACAAUCUUUAAGAAAAUUAGGGCCAGAAUGGCGGCCAGGAAUGCUCCUGAAGGAAGAAAGGAGGAUGACAACGCCGAGGAUGAGAAUGAUGCUGGAGAAGGAGAUGAGGAUGGUGGUUCCCAGGGCGGUGCUGCUGGAGCUGGUAUGGAGGGAGCACAGGGUGCUGAUGAGAGUCAGGGUGGAAACGGCACCGAUGAGGAAGAAGAAGUUGACGAAGGAAAUUCCAAUGUGGAUGAACAGGAGGAAGGAGGUGAAUGUGGUGAGGAUGGUGAGGAUGGUGAGGAUGAGGAUGAGAUUGCAGUUCCUGCUGUUGUCCGUGCAGCUCGUCCCCAUGCAGUUCGUACCCGUACAGCUCGUCCCCAUGCAGUUCGUACCCGUGCAGCUCGUCCACGUAUAGCUCGUCCCCGUGCAGCUCGUCCACGUAUAGCUCGUCCCCAUGCAGUUCGUCCCCGUGCAGCUCGUCCCCGUGCCCCCAAGGGGUACAACAGAGCCAAAUUGUGCUUUGUCCAGAUGAUCACCGAGGCCCUGAACUACUACCGCCACGACCCCAAGGGCACGACCCCUACCUCGAUCAAGAGCUGGAUCUCGUAUACCUACAACCUCGAUAACUUUACCAUAGAGGCACAGUUUAAGAGUGCUCUUGAUUACGGUCUUGGUGUUGAGAAGAUCUUCAGGUGCAAGAAGAGUCGUUCUCGCUUGGCUCUUGUUGACAGGCUGCAGCAGGAUGGCGAGGAUUCCGACAGCGACGAUUAUGAAGAAAGUGGAGAUGAGCAGGGUGGUCCUCAUGGUGGCGGUGGUAGUGGUCAGGGCCAGUCUGGAUACGAAGACGAAGACGAAGAGGAUGAGGAUGAUGAUGAGGAUGAAUAUGGAGAAGAAGAGGAGGAGGAAGAUGAAGAGGAGAAGGAAGAUGAGGAGGAGGACGAUGACGAUGAUGAUAAGGCUCAGUCUGACAACAACAAACGGUCCUUCCGGACCGUUACCGCCAACAAGUCCAUCGCGGCUACUACCACCAAGAAGCCUGCUGCUCAGUCCAAGAAGAUUGCUGCCCCCGAACCCAAGACUCCGAAGGCUACCAAGACCACCAAGGCUACCAAGACCACCAAGGCUACCAAGACCACCAAGGCUACCAAGACCACCAAGGCUACCAAGACCACCGCUGAAAAAGCUGAGAUUAAGGUUGAGGGUGAACCCAAAACUAGUACCCACAAGUCGAACAAGAAAACUACUGCCAAGAAGACUCCUGCCGUUUCCGCCGCCGAAGCUGCCACCAACACCAAGCUUGCUGCCUAUUCCAAGAAGGACACCGCUAAAGAGACUUCUGCGUACAGGAAGGCUGCCGCUGCCAAGAAGGAGACUGCCAAGGAGGAGACUACCCCCACAAAGGCUGCUAUCCCCAAGGCGACGUACGAAUACAUGAAGCUCGCGGCGACACAGCCUGCUGCCGCUAUUAUUGUCUCCGUCCCCGCUUCUGCUUCUUCCACCGUCAAGCCAGUCACAAAGCAUGCCACUCGGGUCACCAAGAAGCGAAACGAGGAGAAGGAUGAGGAAGCCCCCUUGCGUACUGAGGGCACCACGAUCCGAUCGUUGAAGCGCAAGGCUGAUGAGACCACUGAUGCCAAGGAAGAGGACAAGAAGAAGGAGGGUACUCAGAGACUUCGUGGCAAGGAUGUGGGCUUCGCUUCUACUGCGUCUGGUUCUUCCAAGUCUCACGGUUCGUCUGGCCCCUCAAAGGCCCGCAAGGUUUAA